UAAACAUUAACGAUGCGAAAUUGAUUUCGCUCCCAUCUCGACGUCGAAAAGUUGUGGCUGGAAAUGAGAACUUGGAAUUGACCAUUUUUUUUUAUCGAAUUCAUCUCAUCUAAUGUGAAAUUAAACAAAAGUUUCCCUAAAAGCAUCUACAUCGCCUAUUUUUUCCCAAUUGCAUCACGACGUGGAUGUGAGUUUUGUAAAAAUUAUUCCCAAUUGCAUCGCCUAUUUUUUCUUAAUGUUAUUCAAAUAUUCCAAAAUAUAUUUUAAAAAACCGUUAUUUAUUUUACAUACAAUUGCAAAGGAAUAACAGCAACAAUGAAAUUUAAAUUAGUUGGAUUCUAAAAAUUAUGAGGUGUCAUAAAAAAAAAAUACAUAUAUGCAAUUAUAGUGAUGCUCUAAUUAGCUGGUUCAGUUUCAUGACAAACUACCUCUGGCUCUGGAUAAUACUUCAAAAUUUUCGGGUUUUCGUCUUCAACUCUACAUAUUAUGAUUUCAUUUAAGCAACCAAUAUAUCAAAAGAAAGAAGCAAACAAAGAAGAAGCCGGCGCUUCAUCUUCAGAACUCUGCAGUCCGUUUGGCGGCAGCAGCCACCCCACCACCCGCCGCCGCCGGCAACUUCUUCUUCUCCGGCGAAAACAGUGUCCCCUGCUCCGUCUAACUCCGACUCCGACGACUUAACCUCCUCUUUUUCUAACACGUCUACUUGUUCUUCUUCUUCUUCUUCUUCCUCCUCCUCCUCCUCCUCCUCCAUAUCUGAGGUGCAACUUUGUCUUGUCCUUCCUGAUUUCACUGUGUUAUCAUUGGUUUCAUCAGGAAUUUAAAGGUUUAAAAAAACCCCCAAUUUCCCCUCCAUUUUUGGACUGCACGAGAAGGGCAAACGAGUAGCAUUGUUGCAGCCUCUUACAGAUCCCUGCCUCACAUCAAACAAAUCCGGUAAAAUGUUGUUUCCUAGAUCGGCUGAUUCCUGGCGCAUUCUCGAAUUUUUUAAUCCCAUUCUCUUAUUCAUUCUUCUGAAACCGUAUUUGGGUUUCUUCGGCAGCAGCUCUUCCGGAGGUCACACAACCAGACAUUAAUGGCGGAUUUCGACAGUCUGCUGCUCAGUACCAGUAAUAGACAUUCUCCUCCUCCCAAGGACUUCGUCUGUCCAAUAACAAGCAACAUAUUCGCCGGUCAGACCUACGAGCGGAAGGCGAUUCAAGAAUGGCUCGCUCGAGGCAACUCGAGUUGCCCGAUCACCUGCCAGAAACUGAUCAGCACGGUGCUGCCCCACCGUGGUGAGCGGGUUCGUCGAGAUUCUGUUCAACUCCGUCGAUUCCACAGUGCUGAAAUCGACCGUCUUCCUGCUUUCCGAAUUGGGGUCGAGGGAUAAAUCGGUGGUGCAGACUUUGACGAGGGUUGACUCCGACGUUGACAGAAGGGGCUUCUGGAAGCUGUGGUGCUGAUUUACUACCUCUUGCGCUGUUUCUUCUGCUCCGGUGGAAUUGAUGGAACCUCUGGUGGCGGUGCUGAAGAGGAAGGAGGGUGAUAUGGUGAAGAUGUGUAUGAAGCCCAGAACCGCUGCAGUGCUUCUGUUGGGGCAGAUAAUGGUGGGGACUAGUGAGGAAGGUGCGGUGGAGGCCAUUGUUAAAGGUGAUGUUGUGGCAGCCAUUGUUGGAAGCUUGGAAUCCGAAUUGACUGAGGAGAGGGUUUCGGUGUUUGGGAUAUUGUUAAAGUGUAUGAGGGAAGAUGGAACGUGUAGGAACACCAUUGCUGAUAAAGCUGAGCUUGCUCCUGUUUAGAGAGCUUCGUUGGUGGGGGUGAUGGUGAGAGGUUUGAGAUAAUUUGUUUCCUAUCCGAAUUGGCGAAACUCAACAGGUAAGUUCCAUCCUGGAUUCCAUUUAUGAGGGUACUGAUCAGGAUUCAGGCAUAUCAUCAUGAUUAAGCAGAUGAUCAUCAUGAUCGGGGUUUACCUUAACUUCGUGGGGAAAAUAAUUGUCAUAUAUCGAGUUAUGCCAGGGAAUUUGAUGUGUUAUGAACAAACUUGUUUCCUGUGGGACGACAUUCAACGAGCAAGUUCUUCAUAUUAUCAAGGAUGAAGGCAUUUCCAGCAGCAUGCAUACUUUUCUCAACUAUUUGCAGACUUCUCCUGUGGAUCAGUCUCCUGUCUUGGCUGGCCUUCUUCUUCAGCUUGAUCUUCUGGUUUGAAUCUUUCUUCUCUUUUUCCCCAUGUUCUUUGUUGCUUCAUCUGGUAUGGACUUCUGAUUCAGUUAAUUUUGUAUGGGUUAGGCUGAGCCGAGAAAGAUGAGCAUGUAUAGGAAGUCGUCUCCAUUAGCACUUGAAGUUCUCAAGGUUCUCUCAGAGGGAAGAGACAACAGUGUUGUAAGUCUCUGAUGCUUUUCAGACAGUUUGCAGGCAAUUUCAUCAGGGUUUUCUGCAGAAAGUUCCAAUUUUGAUUCAUUUGGUUCUGCUCGACACUAUCCUUCCGCUGCCGGGAAAUGAGGGACUUUCCUAUAAAGUCAAGGCGGUGAACAGCUCUCGUAUCAGGAUGAUCGGCGAUUUAGGGGCUAAGAGAGUGAAGAAACUGGUUAAGAAGGUUCAGUCUCUGAUUGGGCCAGUUCUCAGUUAUGUCAGUGUAUGUAGAGAGGCUUCGAGUGAAGAGAAAGAUAAAUUGCGCAGAGAGAUUGGCGCUGGUGGGUUUAGUGCGAGUCAGUUGGCUGGAGCUGUUAGUGCUGAGUUACUCUUGGUGAAGCUUUGAUUGGAUUUACGGGUUGGGAAUAUAACAGUGGAGACACGGAAGGAUUUGGAUUGUCGGGUCAAUUACUAGGGUUCAGAGCUUUUGCUUCUUUGGUAAGUGUUUGUUCUUGCUGCUCUACACUUGAACUCCUACUCCAUUAAGAAUUAUUGUUGAAGCACCAUUACUUCACCAAUUUGGGUUCAGUUCAUACAUUUCUAGUUAUAUGAAUAUUGCUUUCGUUGGGUGAGGAUACAGUUAAAUGGCUGAAGAAUUUUGCAAGUUAUGUUCUGUAGUUCCAUUUUUUGUGGUUUCAUUACUGUUGUCUUAAACUUUGUUAAAAUAGAUGUUCUUUUGAGGAUGCUGCUAGAGCUAAGUUUACCGGUUGCUUCACUGCUGGUAAGUUUCCAUCUGCUCAUCGGUUCAUACGUUGCUUCGUUGUUGAAGAAGAAUGCUUUGUUUUUAUUCAAUCUUAAUUCAUCACCAUAUGAUUAUUGACUCAUAUUAUGUGCAAUUUGCAGAGUUCUGAAGAGGAGAUCAUGCUGAGAACUACCAUGGAUAUAUUUUUUUCUUGGAAGGGGCGAAAUCAUUCAUUAGAACAGAACAAAACAUAAUCCUGGAGUUACAAAAACACAAAGGAAGAAGAAAGCAAAAAAAGCAGUUGAUCUGCCUGCAGAGAAUUCCGUAAGCAUAGACUUGAAGCAGCUGUUCCUCUAUCCCGAGGUCAUUGAAAUUUUCAGGUAAGUGUGUUGUUUUUUACUGAAAGGAAACCUAGAAUAUGUACUUCUGCAUAAUCUUGUGAAUCUCUGACUUGCUUGCUACAGGAAAGAAGGAAAUCUACAGUCGACUAAUCUGGGCAUGGGCAUCUCUGGAGUUCAGUGCAGAACCCCACCGGACACGAAUCUUUCUGCAAGCCCAGGCGUCAUGAGAGCUGCCCUCAACUCCUUAGCAUCUCUCUCCGGAUCUUCCUUCACGCUGAACAGUAGGAUCAGGUUGCAGUUUAUGUUAGUCAAGCAGUGAUAUCCCCCUCCGACCGGACUGCAGUAACCUAAGACUGUCCCUUUAUCAUCCACCUCGAAGCAGGCGGCUUUGAUGGUUGCGCUGAACUUCACACAGGGAGGGAAGAUUUGGAUCCAAUCCCCUUCUUUAGUGAGCUUAUCUUCCUGAAGUUUACGAUUGAGGUGAAUCAAGAUGUUGUCAGAAGAAUCCCUAACGUUAGGAACUUGGAAGAGGAAUUCUCCAUCAAGGAAGACGGUAAGUUUGCUCGCAUCGCUCCAAAAGUCUGCAAAAGAAAAGGGCAGUCAGAAAAUAAUAAAGAAUUGUUUUUUCCAAUGCAUGAAGAAGAAGAGGACAAAUUAUGCAAACCCAAAAAAAAAAAAAAGAGGACAAAUUCUGCUGAAUUGAGACUCACCAUCGUUGUUGGCAGGGGUGUGAGUCUUCUUUUCCGCUUCCGCCACCAGGAGGAACUCAACAAGGAAGUCAUAGGGAAGGUCCCUUAGAUAUGUCGAUCUUUCAUGGAGGAGGGACAGAAACUGGAGAUGGGGUUGAAGACCACGGUAAAAGAUUGCUGCUUUGAGAUAAACUUCAAGCAUGUUCUUGAAGUUCGAUUCCUCCAACUCGGCCCAAGCUCGAUCGAAAUUCCAGAUGUAUUCUUCUAGCGACUGGUUCUUCUGUUUCACUGUGAAAAGGUCCUCCAGACCUCUGGAGAAUUUGAAAGCUCGGGGGAAAGUCAUUUCCAGCCUGGAAAGUAGAAGCAAGAAAAGACGAGGAGGGGAGUAGAGGAAGAAGAAAGAAAAUCGAUUGAUGUGUUAUGAGAACAGAGAAAAUCGAUUAAUGGAGGAGGCUAGUAGAAGCAAGACGGAGGGGGGAAGAGAAAGAAGGCAAGAAAUCAAUGGGGAUGAGGUGAAGGGGCUUUGGUCGAGGAUUUGAUCAAGAGGAUGAAUGCGGAGGUGUUGCAGAAGGAGAGAAGGUAGUUUGACAGUGAUCCAUGGUGGAGGCUGGAGGCGGGAAUGAGAUUGAUUAUCAGGUUUGAGUCUUUGAGUUGGAAGGGGAAAACGGAAAAAAGGCGUCUUAUUUACAGGGUUUUCCUUAUUAGUUUUUACUAAUCACCCCCUAACAAAGCGGGAAAAGACAAAUAUGCCCCCAGAAGCAGCUUCCAAGCGUAGCCUCCUUUCCCACUCCAGCACUCCACAUGGACUGAAAAACGAAACCGUCCUUCUCUUCCGCCGUCGAUCUUCCCGGAAGAAUUUGGUGUAAUCGAAUUUGGCAGAGUAUGCUUUCCUCAAUCCUCGUACUGCAGAGAAUUCCAUAAGGAUAGACUUGAAGCAGCUUGUUCUCUAUCCUCGGGUCAUUGAAUUUUUCAGGUGAGUGGAUUGAUGUUUUUUACUGAAAGGAAACCUAGAACAUGUACUUCUGCGCAACCUCGUGAAUCUCUGACUUGCUAUAGGAAGGAAAGAAGGGAACCAUAAGAGGGUCAUUUGCUAUUCCAGCUCCUUCGCUUGUUCUCCAUUACCAGAUUGGCAUGGAGGAAGAAAUAGGCAGGUUGCAUGUUUCAUCUCCUAAGGCUCUCAUAAGUGAGUAUUUCUAUCUGUCCCUCACAUUGUCUGUCUUCGGUCUGUCUCUGCAUUUUUCUGUCUUUAUUGUGGGGCUGAAGUCGAUGUAUUUUUAUCCUUUUCCCUCAGAAUGGUUCUUCUUCUUCUUCCAAAGCUGAGAAUGUCGAACCGAAGGGAAAUAUAGCGAAUUCUGAUCUACAUAGAUAAGAAGGGAGGAAAAGAAGAAGGUGGUAAUGAAUGAAGAAGAAGACGAAGAGGUGAACAAUGUAUCAAUGACAGCUGCUUCAUAGUUGCUGCUCACUCAAUCACAGCGGAGGAGAGCGACAAAGGUAAGAAACGGAAAGAGGUCGAAGUGAGGGGAUGAACAAGAAGAAAAGAAGCAAACUUGUUGCUGCUCAAGAGCUAUCUGAUGGUAAUUUUGAUUCAGAUGUAGUGCUCAGUAAUGAUGCUUCAGGCAGUGAGAGUGAAGUAGAAAUUUAGACAUUACCAAUUAUGAAACACGAGACCUGAAAUCGAUAUGACAAUAUUUGGAACAACAAUAUACGAAUGGUGUCAAAACAAUAAGUAAAGGUAACCAUGAAUCUUGCUCUAAUAUUGAUGUCGAGAAGGACAGAGUGUUUUCCUCUAUAAGAUAAUAAGGACAGUUAUUAUCUUGUUUAUUUUCAGUUUUGAUGUGGAGAAUGGUCCAAAAGCUGCUGAUUUUAUUCAGGUUCAUUGUCUUCUUGGUCUUUUGCUUGUGGGUUCAUUGCCGAUUUUCUUUCUCAUGCUGGGUGUUAAUUGACCUGUUUAGAUGUGCUUUUUUUAUGUGGUUUUUUGCAUGCUGUCUGUUGCAAGAGUGGUUGCUUUGGCUGUCUUCCUACGGAUGAGUAUAUUGACCUGUUUAGAUUUCUAUAUCCAAGGGACAACUAGUAAUCUCUGGAGAUACUUUAUGAAAGCUCAGGCUUAGGCUUAUGGUUCAUGUUUUGGUUAAUCUUGCUCUUUAUAGCAUAUUGGCCUAUCGGUUUUUUCUUUUUUGGUCUUAUAGUGAAACUGCUGUGACUCGUCAUCCUUUCAUGCUUGCAGAAUCUGAGUUUGGAUCAUUGGUCUCCAGAUCACAAUUUGUUAAUUCUCUUGGUAUGUUUUGUCAAGUAAAAGAGAUUUUAUAGAUUGUUUACGAUAUCACCUUACUGGCAAAUUAUUUGAAGGCUGUAGCAGAUUCUUAUAACUAAUAAAAUUUGUUGUUUUCGGAUGGCAGAUACACUUUUUUGAUCUAUGUUGCCUGCUGAACGAGUCCAUCUUACCAGCAAGGUGACACUUUCGUUUUCUUUGUGUGGUUGUUUCCAUCUUUUAAGAUGAUAUGGAAGUGGUUGAUAGGUGUCGUGGGCUCCCAACCAUCAAGCACUCGAAUGACGGGUUGUGGAUCUACGAUUUUAAGGAACUUGCUUAUGCCUUCAACGAAAAGGGUGACCUUCCGUUCAGUUGAGAUUGCUUGCCGGUUUCUUAUCAGAAAGUUCAGAGAUUCUACGAAAUCGGAUUAGUUUGCUGGUCGUGUCACUUUGUAGAAGCAGUGAAACCCAGUAACAUGUUCGUGCACAAUCCUGCGACCUUUUUGAGAAUUUCAUAAAUGCAACUCAAAAUAUGUGGCUACUCUGACUAUCGGUUCUCUGUAGAUACUUUUAUUGUUGAGAAGUUUCUGUUUUUUGUAAAUUCAAUAUGCUUUUAGGUUCAGCCUCAUGGUCCUCACAUGGAUAUUCUUUUGCUAGGCUGGGAUUGUUGCAGGGUUUGAAUCAAAGGAGGAGCUACCAUGACAUUAGCUUGAUCAUUUGUUGGAAAGAAAAGGUUCAGCUGGCAGUGCAUAGGAUAAUCUUUUCUUCUCAGUUUAUGCAGCUUAGUUAUCAUCCUUGCCCCGUUAACUGCAUGUAAUAUGGUUCAGUGAGAAGGGGUGUUGGGAUAUCUCACUCUAGAGUGUAUAGCGGUUUCUAUCCUUUCCUUUUGCAAAGAUGAUGUGCUCAUUAUUUCUAUUUCUCUUUGCUUAGAUUCUGUAGAUCAGUUGCAUGCAUUUGAACUGAUAAUGAAGAAGAAUCCAAUACUCAGUAAUGAUUCAUUUAUUUCCUUUUUACUUAAUGUCAUGUGCCAGCAGUCUUUAUAGGCCCUUGGUAUGAGUGGUUGGUUUGCUCCUUACUGGAAUCCUACUGACUCAGAAGAAAGAUGGGCCUCUUGGAGUUUGCUUUCUGUCUAUUUGUUUGGUGGGUGGAUUGGUGCAUAUAAGAGAGGUAUACCUUUUUUUUUUUGUAUAGUUUUUUUGCAUUUUUGUAUUUAUCAUUCUUCUCUCAUCACACUGAUCGGCUUUCCCUUCCUCCAUUUUCAAUCUGUUUGGAGCUGGUCUUCGUUUCAAUCUUUCCCACCAAGUCCUUUGAGGUGAUGUCAGAGAUUUAUUUGAUCAGGGGUGGUCGCCGAUUCCAUUUUGAGCCAGCAAAACUAGGGAGAAUCCAUGGACGACCAUCACCAUGGAAAAUCCAUGCCCCAUCAGUUAAAUCUAGAACGUCCGUUGUCACCUUCGUCAGAGCGUUGAUCGGAUCAAAGUCGGCAAUAGUGGCCUCCGCCUAAGAAUCUGCAGGUUAUUUCUCUCUCUUGGUGUCCCCUGUACUGGUCUCUUUCUCUAUUUCAAUGGUUUUUAAUAUAAUGUAGAAUCCAGUUCCCCGUCCAUGGCAUAAGAAUCCUUUAGUUCCAGCACUCAGCAGUGUAAAUUCGAUGCGGGAGAUGAAGGAGGAGACAGGUCAUUUGAAAAGCGUUUCGUUGCCAUUCUUUAUGUGUUAGAUUGUAUCUGGUGUAAUGGAUAUGUUUUCAUUGGUGGAUCACAGAUUCUUGAUUGUAUUUCGAUCCUUCCAGCCUACUCUUAAUGACGAUGGAUUUCUUGGGUGGCAACGACUUGGUUUGGUGGUAUCUUUACCCUCUUUUCCCUUUUUAAAACGCCUCUAGAAAGUUGGUUGAAUUGGAUCUAUUUCUUGAGUCGUCGCCUGAGUGAUUGGUCUAUCAUAUCUGUUUGUCUUGCAUUUCAUUUUUCUUUGUUGUUUUACCAUAAUAUUAAUCAUUUCUUGCUUUGUUUGUUGUUAUAUAGGAAGAUCAAUGUGGUCUCUCCAGCCGAUUCAACAACUCUCAUCUCUCACACCCCACAGGGAUAGCCGAGGUGAAGACAGACUCAAAUUUGUGGUGACCAGCUAACCUCACUCCCCAAAUGACCGUGGUGGGCAAACCGAACAAGGGGAAAAUUAUGAAAAUCAAUUUGGAGCAAAAAUCAGUGGUGGGCGGAGGAUAAUUUACAACGCUGAGAAGUUCUUAAGGAAGAUGAGAAACCGAGGCUGGACACGAGGAAGGUAGUGAAACAUUAGGCCCAUUAGCUACAGCAUGGUGGAGAUAGCACAAGUUGGCAUGUUAUUUAUGUUAGAUGUCAUUUAUAGAUAUUGUGAUCAUUGAACACGAUUUACAAUUGUGCUUGGUUAAUUUCAGUAAUUGGGGAUGUUCAGAUGCACGUCUUACUUAUUCUUAUUGAUAUCUUAUCUUUCUUCCCACCUCCAGUGACACCUCUUCCUCUCGGACCAUCCAAGGGUUUUGGUAUGCUGCUGUUGGUGUGGAGAAACUAUAUAUUGGUAUUUUUCUCGGUAGCUCCCCCUGGAGCUCCAUCAUGAGAGACAAGAUGCAAGAAAAAGAAGGAAAGGCAUUGCUGAGUCUAGAAUUUAGGUACUUCUUUUCUAUUUUGAAUUUCUAAUUUGUGUAGUUAGUUCAUAUGCAAUUGGGUUCCAUCUGUAUUCAGAUUGGCUUCGACCUGUGCUGAUUUAGGUUACAGUGAAUGUUCAUGCCUGUUCAUCCUUUCGGUCGCAAUGUUUCAUUUCUUUCAAUUGUAACACGAAAGCAUGGUUGAUAACCUCUUAUGGAAGGUUAUAGAUAGAAAAUCCGGUUUCUCGGGGAGAAAUGUGCAGUUGGGACUGGUGCUCCGUACUUGGAUCUGGAGAUCAUAGAUAGAAAAUCGAACAAACAUAACGAUACCAUUCUUUAAAAUAUAAAAAGUGGGUACUCUUUAUUACCCACAAUUUCUUACUACUGUUUCACUACUUGUCGCUUAGCGAAAAUGGGUUUUUAUGGGUUCUCCGCAGGGAAGCUGGUAGCGGCGGCCGGGACCGCUCCACUUGCGUUGGGUCAGAAGCCAGUUCCGCCGCUGUCCGGUUAAGUCAGCACCCAUGCCUCUCGUACCGUACGCAUGCUCCGGUUCGUCCUUACCACAAGACCUGCAAGGAAUAGUGUUCCUUUUGUCCUGCCGUCACUUCACCAUGCUGCUUUCCCAGAAUCACCGGUCUACCACUCAUAACCCUCUCCGCUCUGAUCAACACGGCACUGUCCUUCCUCUCCCUGCUACCCUUUCAUUAGUGGAAAAGCGAAUUGGUCCAUCUCAUUUCUACUCGGUUCGUCUUUGCCUCAUCUUCGCUUCCUGUUUCCUCUAUCCUAGCAUAACCUCUUCUCCCUAACUCGCUCCAAUGAAUCACGUCAUCCUCUCCAACCUCACAUGGAGGGACAAAGCUCCCCUGCUCAAAUACUGUGUCGUUUUCUGUGUUUUGUGAACUAGUGCUCUUGGGUCUUUGCGCAGCCAGCCCCCUCGGCGGAGUAGCAGGCGUCUCCCGCACUGUUGUUGCUCAAUUUCCACUCGCCUCGACCGAAUCACUGCCCCCUCGACUCCGUUUGCGGCCGAAUAGCAAUGCUCGGGCAAGAGACCUUGCAAUGGCGGAGAUCUUUGCACUCGCCCACAAAGCAUUAGCACUAGCCAAGUGAGUUUGUUCACUAAAUAGUCAGUUUUGCAGCAGCUGUCUUAUGUAAUUUUCUGUAUUGAAUGAUUGUGUUGGAUUUAUAGCAAGAAGGCGGUGCAAGUUCUGAUGCUUUCCUCCUCCUUAUGGUAGGUUGAGCAGGCAGCUUCACUUGGACGAGAAUUUUCGUUCGUGGGUGCAAGUUCCCUCACCCUCUGCAUUACAAAUUUAUUGUAAGGGUGAGAGUCUUAUGUUAUGCAAGAAGGCAGUUCAAGUUCUGAUGGUGUCCUUCUCCUUAUGGUUGGUUGAGCAGGCAUCUUCACUUGGACGAAAAUGUUUCAGUCGUUGGUACAAGCUCCCUCACCCUCUGCAUUACAAAAUCUUAGUCAGGGUGAGUGUCUAAUUUUAUGAUUUAGAGGAAAGAUUGUGCCUUCCAUUCCUCUUCCUUUGUGCGUUUAGGGUUUUGCUAAUGGGUAAAGAAAGCAGGUGGCGAAUUUCUUAUAUUAUAUAUGUUGUUAAUGGUUAUGGUAUUGCUUGAGGGAAAUUUGGUAUAUGCUGCUUCUGUCGUUCAGCUGGUGAUAAAUCUAGCACAAGUGUGGGAUCAGACUGAAGUAUUGAACUCUUCAAAUAUUUAUUACCAUCUGACCACUCUACUUUGUUUUCCGUUUUUUCCUGAGUACAUCAACCCUGACCUGGCAUGUCUCAGUUGAAGCAAAAGCUUUUGUUUACGUAAUCUCAGUAGAAUAAGGGCCUGCACCUCUGAGUGUAUCCUCUUUCAGUCUUUUGUUAUCAUUGUUUUUUGUUGAAGAGAAUGGAUGGGUUGGCUGUUGAUGGAAAUUCUCCUGGUGCAAAAUUCAGUUAUCAACUCUCCAUAGUGCCAGCCCCCACCUCCAUUUCUGUUUCGAGUUGGAUGACAAAGUUUUGUUGGAAGGCGAAUAUUUGUGUGGUGUUCAGUGAAUUUUCUAGGGUAGUAACCAACUUGAUGCUGGUUUGUAGAUUCACACCACCAGUCAGUCUUCACCAAUGCAGAAGUAUAACCUAGCCAUCAAUGAUCUCGACAAGGAACUUGACCACUUGAGAUCUGCAUUUCAGCUAUGGAAUAUUGCUGCCUUUUUCUUGACUUGAGAGGCUCAUGUCAUAAAUGAACAAAUUUAUGUAGCAAGUAGUUAGCAGAUAAAAGGUAUUCAUUGAACCUGAGUUGUUUUGUUUCUCUCCUUAAUUUUGUGUGUCUACCGUAUUUUGUAUGUUAGGCAGCUUGCAAGGAAUGUAGACUGGGACUUAAAAGUUUGUGGUCAGUUCUUCUCUAUUGUUUGGAGUACAAUAGACCUAGGACGGAACUACUGCUCUCAUUUAUCUGUUUCCACUUCAUGUUUCUUCAAUGCUUUCAUGGUGUACUACUUUCAACUAAUUGCUUACAAUUUCCUCUUUCCUUACCGCAAGAAUUGGGCAUGAAAAUGAUUCUAAUUGCAUAGCUCAGUGAGCAAGCCCUAGAACGUAGUACAAAUAUCAUCAUAGUUCAUGUUAGGGAGGACUCUAGCUCUUACUCUAUAUUACUCUUCUGCUACGUACUACAAAGAGGUAUGAUCCAUUCAAUUCUCUCUGAUGCUUUUUUUUUAGGUCCCUUCACCUUCUGUUCUAUUCCAAUUCCAACCAGUUCCGACUCACAAUGAAUGCAUACCUGUUAUCUUCGACCUAUUUUUGCUACUUGAAGGUUUUGACUUGAUUGCUAACCGUUUCUAUCUAAUCUACACGUUGGAAAAGGCAGAUAUGUAGGUCUGUUGGGCUGUUGAGAAGUUCAAAACUUGAAGAACAAUGUUAUCCUUUCAGAGGGUGAGUUGAGUUAUGGAAUGCGUUAGUUACACACAUGUUCCUGCUUACUUCAUCUACUGAAAUUGGAUACAAAGUUUUUCCUGGAGCCAUUACUGAAUUGCUUCCCAGUCCUGAAUUGCUUUUUCUCCAUCUCUUCAGGGUUUUCAGGAAGCCAUUGCUGAACUGGAAAUAUAGGGUGACAAAUCUCGCAGGGUGAACUUGAUACAUACGAGAUCUAUUUAUGAUCACUCUUCAUCCAGAACUCGCUGUGGGAAUUCUGCUUUUGAUCUUCUUCCUUAGUUUACAAGGUUUGCUCAAUGUUUUCAAAUAUAAUUAAAUUAGCUUCAGGUUUGGUACAGUGCUUGGAGAUGGAGAGUUUGGUAAGGUUUAUAAAGGUUGCCUUGAAGAGUGCAUGACAAUAACAGUGAUGUUUGGAUUUGUCUUUCUGUUCUCUUUUCCAUUUCAGCUUGGGUUUCCGUUCUCUCAUCAAUAAUGCCAAGUCCAGUAAUUUUCUCAAUGUUGAUUUAACUGCUCAGAGGUUUGAUUCUUUGGCCACGAGUCCAUUUUCCGUUGUUUGCUACAGUUUGUUGCAGAGUGCGGAUGUCGUAUCCUCGACCCUUAUUUAACUGCUUAGAGGUUUCGAUUUAUGCUCAAUGUUAACGAUGUGCCUGUUGUUUGCAGGUAUGAAGCUGAGGAGUUUUGGGUUGGACUGUAACCAUCUUAUUUGAACUACAACAUAUAAAUUUGGCGAGAUUUGUAGGUCACUAUGCUGAAGGUCCUCUCCUACAGUUUCAGUCAAAAGGAGGAAUGCUGCUAACUUUAUGUUCUGCAGAAGAUGUGUCUAAAAGCAUCUUAUUUGAACUACUUCUUUCCUAGAGUCCAGAAUUCAGAGAUAAUGAGCUGCAAUGGUGACUUACUUGAUUUGCAUUAUUGAAUCGCAGAGCAGGAUAAUCAGGAGGUUUCUGAAAUUAAAGCUGGGUUGGCAGAUGCUGAUGCCUUGGUAAUAUCAAUAGCUUUAUCUGUACCCAAUUUUAUGUUCCAUAUAAAGUCUCUUUAUUAAUAGGACAUCAUUCUUAUCUGAGGUCACCAAACCUGUUUGCAGAUGCUACAUUUUCCAGCCAAUAAGCAUUUGUUCGUCUUAGGACAUCAGCGAUGCAAAUCCUUUGCAUUACAUAUUUACAUUAGUUGUCAAGUGCAAUAAUUUUUACGUUUUUUUACAACAUGUUAACAAAUAGCAGGAGAGAGAUCAAUGCCCAUAAUGCCAGUCCAGAGCUUCAUCACCAUAUUUCUAACAUUUUGUAAAUACAAAUUGCAGCUGAAGCAUGCCUUUAAAUGUCCAGUUCAACAUAUAAUAUAAUUAAAUUGCAGAAUUGCAUUUUUUGAAAUUUAAGUUUGAACAAAUAUGAACUGCUCACCAAGUUCCCUCCAUAUACCCAUAAUCCCAGCAUGAAGCAUGCCUUUACAAAUAUAAUAUUUCUACGAUUAGUGCUUUUUGAAAAUGCAUUUGCUUUUUACUUUUGCCUUUAAAAUGUGGAACUCAAUGGCAAAGAUGUACGUUAAUUGAGCAACAUGCUAAUUAACUAUCAAACUCAACAUACAAAGUUUCAUGAACAAACUUUCAAUACUCUAAAACAACACACUGCCAAUAAUACGACGAUUCAUGUUAUCGUCACCUAUUGUAAUCGACAUGCUACUAGAUAGUCCAAAAUCAAGAAACAUGGUCUAAGCGAACAGGUUACCUCUGUUUUCUGUUGUUCGAGUUUCGUAGGCUCUGAUGAAUCCAUACACUUGUAAUAGCUAGUAAGCGUUCUCUUCAUGCUUUCAAAAAGAAAAGGACAGAUCAGUCGCUCAGUUCCAGACAACUCAAUCAAUCUGUAUCCUUGUGUGAAUGCAGAGAAUGCCCUUUCCCCACUCCUUGCUUUAUUCCAUUCUGCCCCACCACAACAAUCAACAAUCAUUCAAUCCAACUUGAAAGUAAACUCCUUUUCUCUCUCCCCCCCCUGACUUCCCACAAAUUCCAUCCAAUAAUCCCCCUUGCUGCAACUGACCCAGCAGCAGUCAAGAAGCUUAAACGGUUCAACCCAACUGAGCCAUCUGUUGUAAUCCUAAGCUUUUCCUUGUUCGCUCUCUUGCUCUUCGUCUUCUGUCUUCUGCUUCUCCUCCCGCUCCGGUCAGGCUUGGGAGCGCUUCUAGGUCCGUCUUCCGCUUCUGGGUCAAUUCACCGGGUCGAGUUUCUCGACGAUGAUGGGACAAACGGCUGCGAUGUGUUUGACGGCAACUGGGUUUGGGACGAAAGCUACCCGCUGUACCAAAGCAAAAAUUGCGCCUUCAUUGAUAGUGGGUUUCGUUGCUUGGAGAAUGGUAGGCCGGAUAGCUUCUACACCAAGUGGCGGUGGCAGCCCCAUCGCUGCAAUUUGCCCAGGCAAAAUUCCAAUCUCUCCCUCUCUGAAUUUUGCUUUUCCCACUGCAAAAAUUUGAAUUUUUUUAGCUCCAUUGACAAUGACAGAUUCGAUGCGAGGGUAAUGCUGGAGAAGUUGAGGAACAAGCGGCUUGUGUUUGUGGGCGAUACGGUAGGAAGGAACCAGUGGGAGGGUAUCAGCCUAUCUAGAUUGAUUGAUGGAUUUCAUUUCUCAGUCAAGGUAAGAUCAUAUUGUUUUCUUUUAUAAUGGUGAAAAUUUAUUAAAAGAAAUGAAACAAGGGGACGAGCCCAGUUCAGUACAAAGAGCAACGGAAUGGGAGCACAAGCGGUGCAGCCCAAACCCAUUCCCAAAAGCGAAGAGGAAAAAAGGGAAAAGAGAAACGAGACAAACAACACCCCAAACCAGAGAGAAGAAACCAGAACACCCAAACCAGAACAAAAGAACCGGACUGCCAGCAGAACCCGAAAGAAGACCCAAAAGGUAAGAUCAUAUUGUUGAUGGAUUUUAGUUUAUACCUCUUAUGGAAGGUUAUCAGCCUAUCUAGAUUGAUGUUUCUUAUCAUUCUAUUGAGCAUUAGUCAAAAGAUUUCCGACUAAUGAUUAUCAUAAUCCAUAAUAUAUCAAUCAAUCCAUAUAAAGGAUUUUCAAUGUUACAAUCAAUAUGCUAUGAGUAACAUCAGGGGUCGUUUGGAAGUUGCGAUUGUGAGUGUUGUAUUUAUAGAAUACAUGCAUUGUCCAUAAUAUAACGUUUGGAAUUGU